AUGGAGAUGGCCCUCGCGGUCCUGGAGCGGCGCAGCUUCAGGGCACCCUCUGGGACUCCGCGCGAGGCAGCGCGUGCAUCGCAGCGCCUCGACAAGCUGGUGACGACUCCCCAGCCCUGGCAGCAGCAGGUUGACGGCCUCGGCUCACAUGAGAUUCUGGCGUUCCUUCAUGAGGAGCUGCUGGAUUCUGAUGACAUGCCAUUCUAUGAUGAGGAGCUGGUCCCUGACUUCUUAGAUGCAAGCUUCGGUGUCAUCCGCUUUCAUGUACGCGGCUGCGGGGAGAACCCGAACCCUGGGGCGCCGCCAGAGCUCUCCCGGCGACCUCCGAUUCGCGUGAGCGAAAGCUUGUCGCCUCGCCGGCCUCCGGCCUCGCGCGUUCAGCAUGCCGUCCGGCGUCUUCAGGUUCGGGAGAACAUGGUGAUGGUGAAGUUGCCUUUGAGGCAUUUGGAGAUCAUGGUCCGGUGGCUGCCCAGCUUUGGCUUCGCGGUUCCGUCGAAGAACGUGGCCUUGCCUCUGUCGGAACGCUGGCGGCCUCUCUUCGUCUCAUUUGGCAGCUGCCCCAAGUGCCGAGAUUGCCCAGCGGCCGCAGGGGCAGGGACGGGAAGUGACAACUUGCGAAUCUCCAGCCCUUUCUUGGCUUUGCAAGUCGACUCCCUUGACCGGCUUUUCAGCUUGCUUUGUGUCUUUCUUCUGGACGGGGAGGGUUACAAGGGUUCGUUGGGCCUGCUGCUUUGGCCCUUGCUCUCCGCGCUGCUUCGCCUGCGCUGCAGAGGCGGAGGCGGCAGCGGCGGCAGCGGCGGCAGCGGGAGCCUUGGAGGCCUUGGGAUCUCCGCGUCCUACGCGCAGGAGGUGACCUUGGGCCGAAGGGAUCCGCACAGCGGCUUUCCUGCAUUUCCCGACAUGUCCUGGUUGCCGUGGCUGCAGCUGCUCUUGGGACUGAGCCUUUUUCUGCGAAAGGUCACUGGCUUAUCGAAGGCCAUGGAUGUCUUGAUCUCUCUUCUCCUUCUGUACCAGUCUUUUCUCAGAUGCCUUCUUCCAGCUGCUCGGCUCUUUCUGUGGAAGAUUCUAAAGAGAAGACCAAUCCUUCGGGGGUGGAGACUCCAUCUUGCAGAGGAGUGGAACAAGCAAGCGGCCCUCAUCGUGCUGGGCAUCUCGUCAAGCGACCAUCCAUAUCCGGAUUAUGGGAUCGUUCAGGCAGUGGACAGGGGCUUUGCCGGUGAGGCACCCAACUUGCUCUUCGUAGUGCGGAUGUUGGGCCUGCAGCUCUGGGGGAUGCAAACUUCGGAGGUUGGUGGAGCUCCGGGCCAGGAGGCUCCGAGCACCAACCAGCGACGACACCAAGGGCUCCGAAAGCUCUUCGUCCUCUUCGAGCCCACACCGCCAGGCCUCACGGAUGCGAGGCCGAGGCAGAGUCUGCCCGCUUCAGGCGCUCCAGCUGCUUCAGCUGCUUCUGGCGUCCGCAUGCAGUCGCUACGUGGUUUCGGCUCUGCGCUUCGGGAUCCGAUCCCCGUUGCGUGCACGCGGGAGCAGGUCGUUGGGGUGGAAGAGCUUCCCCAAGUCGUUGCAACGAUCCAAGUGGUGAACCACCUUGGCCGCCCUUGGGCAUCCUCUUGCAAUCGCCAUGACUCCUUCUUCUCGCUUUUCCUGCCCUGGGGCUUGGAUUCCCGGAGACCCACAGCCACAAGCCAGCCAAGAGGAAGUCACGAUGGGCGUGGCCAGUGGAAGCACUGGCGAAAUGAGACGUUUGAGAGCACAAAGCUCGUCGCCACCUGGCAAUCCCAGGUUCUCCAAUUCUUGGACGAAGAGCUUGCAGCCGGAAGUUUGGUGGCGCAUGGCAUCUUAGAUCUUCUUUUUUUUGCAGGGAAUCCAGGCCGAGGGGCUUUCGAAGAGGAAGUGGAUAAGCUGUUGGUGCCAGGAAUCUUUACAGACGACUGCUUGGGGACGAAGCGUUUCUGUGACUCAAGAUGCUUCAGAGAAGGCCGGAUCCUGCACUACGUCAUCGCUUCCAAGGACUUGAAGCCGGGGCGCCGUGCUUGGCGCCCCGAUCCACUUGCAGCGCACGCCGCCAGCCUUUUCCUUUCCUCGAACUCUUCUAGCAGCUCCUCAUUAGGCUUCUCCGGGCCCUCAGCUUCGGAGAGCGACCCGAGCCUAGAGGGGCUGAACUUCUGGAGACCCUGCCUGCUUCGCCUCAACUCCCGGCAAGUCAGCUACGUCCUGCAGAAGGAGGAAGAGGCGGGUGCCGCGGCGGGUGCCGCGGCGGGUGCGGCCGCGGCGAUUGACCAUGGUGAUGCUCUGGAGUACCGGAUCCCCUUCGUUUUUUUGGAUCGCAUUGAGGUGUCCCGGGGCCUACGUGGGCAUGAGGAUGACGAGUGCUUGCUGACGCUGCACGGGGUCUCGAGCACCCCAAGUUCCAGCUCCGUUGCCACAGAGCCCGAGGCGGUGGAGGCUGGGGAGCAUACGGAGUGUGGGCAGAAUCCCUUGCAGCUGACUCCUGGGCCCCUCCGUGCAGAGAGGGCCAGCCCGAGAGGUAGCCCAAGAGUCAGCCCAAGAGCCUCUCUUUCAGCCACAGCUCCCAGCUUACCUUUGGUGUUUCGGGUUGGAAAGGACGACGGAGAGGUCUGGGCUAAGGUCAUCGAAGAGUAUGGAAUGUUUACCCCACCGCUCCACAUCUUCCACUACAUAGGGGAUGUCCGUGACCACCCGCGGCUGCCGGGGGUAGUGUACCGCCAUGGCGAAGGGGAUCAGUUGUGGCCGGAUGGGACGCGCUACUUCGGGCAGUGGGAGGACCAUGUUUACCACGGUACUGGGCAGCUGCAGGAUCCCGAGGGGCAGGUCAUCUACAAGGGACAGUGGGCGCAUGGCAUGAAGCAUGGCGAAGGCUUCUAUCGCUUUUUUCAGGAGCCGUCGGGCUCUCGCGCCUACAGUGGCCACUUCCAGCGAGAGGAGUUUAGCGGUCGGGGCAUUCUCUGGGUUGUGGAGGAGGAUGGCAGCCUGGAGUGGGUGCAGAAGCAUCGACCGUGGGCAAUCACUCGCUAUGAAGGACAAUUUUCUGGUCAGAGCGAAGUCCGCGAGCCCAAGAGGAGCUUAAUUCUCGUGGACGAGCGAGAUGGCAUGGCGCUGCACGAGUACUUCCCAGUGUUGCAGAAUGAAGCCGGCGUCGGGCCUCACCAGGGACCCGGCAAAGCGCCGAAAGACCUGGCGGCCGAGAUGUACGGCCUGGACGCUGCAGACCUGCAGCACUGUGGUCCCGACGACGACGCUGAGAUCUGGUAUGCCGAUGGCACGCGCUACCACGGACCCUGCUUGCCGGGUGCGGUGCCGCAUGGCGAGGGUGGCACGCUCUGGGAAGAGGGGGGGCUCUGCUUCGAGGGAACCUUCGACCGGGGCCUCCGUGCCCCAAAAGGCCGGGCCUCGCUGCCCAACGGUGUCAUCUACGAGGGGGACUUCUCUCAGCCCGGAGGACGGCGGCAUGGCAAUGGAACCACCUCCAUUCCUGAAGCCUUGCAGCGUCGCCUCGGCUUCCGCAGCUACGUGGGCCAGUACCUGCACGGGCUGCGGCACGGUCAGGGUGAGGCGGCAAAAGCGGGCAACAGGGACAGGUACAGGCGCGUACGCAAGCAGACUUGCCAGAGUUCGAGCUGCGAGGUGUUGCUGCAGGUCUUGGGCAGCAGCGUGAACCCGGCUGACCGGACGGCAGCCGGGCCCUUCCCACAGGUGAUGGGUUCCGAUGUCGUGGCAGUGGUGGAGGCUGUUCAGCCAAGCUGCGGACGCCUAGCUGUGGGAGACCGUGUUUGGGCCGACAUCGGAGCCGUUGUUCAAACAUCAAGUGGAAAGGGCAAGGAGAAUGGUGCCUUCGCGCCUUUUGCCGUGGCUCUGGAGUCGCAGCUGGGCCGAAUGCCAACAACCCUCUCGGUUUGGGAAGCUGUGGCGCUGCCAAAGGUGUCUUUGACGUCCUACAAGGCCCUGAAAUGGUAUGGUGGCGCGCCGUAUGGGCGAGACGUGACGGUCUUAAUCCUGGGUGGCAGUGGCGGCUGUGGCAGCACAGGGAUACAGCUGGCCAAGGCAUGGGGCGCCGCCACGAUCAUCACUACCACGUCUGUGGCGAACGAAGCAUAUGUGCGACGAUUGGGAGCAGAUCGCGUUAUCGACUACAGGUCGCAAAACUGGUGGGAGGUCCUGUCUAACGGGACCGUGGAUGUCGUUUAUGACACGGUGGGCGAAGCUGGAACCGGGGACAGGGCGAUGGCUUUGCUGCGUCAAGGAGCUCAACGGUGCAAUUGGGCUGUGCUGAGAGGCUACUUCGUCACCAUCGCCGGGGCCCUCCCUCAAAAGCCACGAGCCGACAUCAAGAGCUCCACUUUUAUCAACUCAGCAACAAAUCUUCAGAACUUUGAGCUCCUUGAUGAGCUGAGAGAUUUGGUGGACGCCGGGCACUUGCGAAUGCCGGAGGUCCAGACCUUCGAGCUGGCAGACAUCCUUGCGGCUUUUGACGUUUCGGCCCCUUGGAGGCGGUCACUGGAGCGGAGUCGGGUGCUGAUUCCUUGGCAGAUGAUCUUCACGGAUGGCACCGUCUACAGGCGAUGCAAGAGGACCCAAGAUGGCACCCCCAUCUACACGGGCCCGUGGAAGAACGACGAGCCGGGCACGGGCUACGCCGACAUCCUGUACCCUUCAGGACAUCGUUACAAGGGCAAGGUCUGCGACGGCUGCCGAGACGGCAAAGGCUCUUUGUGGCACCAGGACUCGGAUGGCGAUUCCACCUUCCUCUACUGCGGCCACUGGGAGGCAGACGAGAUGCAUGGUGAGGGCGAGCUGCAUUGCAGCGAUGGCGUGUACCGCGGCCAGUUCGUGAACGGUCUUCGGGAGGGCAAGGGCAGGUUUGAGUAUGCUCGAAGCAAGGACACUCUGAGUUACUAUGAAGGAGAGUGGGAAGAGGAUCAGCCGCAGGGCAUCGGCACCUUCGUCGAUGAACACGGGCAGGAGUUCUGCGACCGCGAGUUCGAGCAGGGUGAUCUGGUUGGAAGCCGCCUUACCGGGAGGUCCAAGCGCAUCUUCUCGGUGAAGACGAUCUCCUCGGUGUCCUUGUCGCUCUCGAAGCAGAAGCCGUCUUCCAGCAAAGUUCUUCCAGGACCCAAGAAGGAGAUACCUCAUGCCGGCACGGUCUGCCAAAAUGCAGGCCUGCUUCCGGAAGAGGAGCCUGCCCAGACGCGAGUGAUUGACGUGGGAAGUGGUGUCAGCAAUGCACGCAGCCGCCCGGCACACUGUGGGCCCGAAGACUCCGUUGGUCUGCGUUGGGCAUGA